GGUGGGUGUGUCCUUCCUAAAAGAGGGGCGGAGCUAGGACGGUAGGCUACAGUCCGAGCAGGCAUGGAAGGCGGUCUGAAGGGCGGGGUCUAGACAGAAGAGGGCGGGGCCGUUAGGGAAAAAAGAGCAGGGCCUAGAGUAGGAUGAGGGGCUCGGGGAGAUAAUGACGAAAGAACCUAGGCGCAAAGGAUGGGGGCGUGGAUCUCAGAGUGGGUUGGGGUGGAGCUAGAGGUGGCAUUGCGGAGAGGGUAUAAAGAUUGCAAGGAGGUAAGGUAUGAGCCUAGAUUCUCAGAAGGAGUGGGAAAGGGAGCGGGAAGAAACUACUCAGAAAGUUUUGAGAAAAGAGGAGGAGCUCAAGCACAGGUGAAUCUUAAGCCAAUGUAGAAUUAUUCAGCGUUGGGCGGGUCUAGUCAGAGACAGAGGAGCUAGAGGCGUGGCCUACAGGGAAUAGAGCAGAACAGGCAAAGGACAAGGUGGGCGUAACCAAGGGGGCGGGGCUAGGCCUGUAGCUAAGAGGCGGAGCUAGAAGCAGAUCUCGGACUGAGAACCUCAGAAGCCUCUGAGGCAGGAGGCUUGAAUGGAUGGACCGGGUGUGGAAGGGAAGUGAUUGAAAUCCCGGGAGGAGAUCGAGAGGGGAGGGAUUGACCUAAAAAUAAUUUAAAGCCUUUGAAACCGGGUUGGGAAUCACUGAUGUGGGCGGAGCUUGACCAGAUCAGAGCUGGGGACCCAAAGACCAGCGUUGAAAAUGCAGAUUCUAGAGACUGUUUCCCUGUAACACUUGUUUACAUCUGUGACUCAGUUUCCUUUUCGGUAGAUUGGAGAUGAUGAUGUAAAAUGGUGUGCAGUUCGCAGUGCUAGUUUGGUGCUCUGAUCAUUUUUCCCCUGACCCAAAUUCCAAACCUCGCUUUGAAGGUGUGGAAGAGAGGAGAUUGAAGAGUUCAAUCCCUUCUAGUGACUCGAGUGCAGGUCAAGGGCAUAGGAAGAUUUAGGUAGUUUAAAAUCUCACAGUGUAGGGGAUUAGUGGAGGUGCGCGGGGGGGGGGCUCAGUUAGCAGGUGCAGAGGGUGAAACCUUCCUGAUCUCCAGGCUGAAAGAUGGCGGUCCUUACCCGCCUGCUGGGACGUCUCUGGCCAGCUCGCAAGGAAGAGGAGGUGGAGGAGGACGAAGAGAGCAGGUCUCCAGGCUGUCCUCAGUCCCUCCUGGACGCGCCGCGUUGCGCCCAGCGGCCACACGGGGGUGCGGUAGCACCGUGGGGCCUGCGUCUCGGGGCGAGCGCAGUGCAAGGCUGGCGCGCACACAUGGAGGACGCGCAUUGCGCUUGGCUGGCGCUACCCGGACUGCCCCCAGGCUGGGCUUUCUUCGCGGUCCUCGACGGCCACGGCGGGGUGCGAGCCGCCCUCUUCGGCGCGCGCCACUUGCCGGGCCACGUGCUCGAGGCGCUGGGCCCGGAGCCUGGCGAGCCCGACGGCGUGUGUGGAGCGCUGCGCCGCGCUUUCCUGAAUGCAGACGCACGCCUGCGCGCGCUCUGGCCUCGCGGCGAGCCGGGCGGCUCUACCGCUGUGGCGUUGCUGGUUUCCCCGCGCUUUCUGUACCUGGCGCACUGUGGUGACUCCCGCGCGGUGCUGAGUCGCGCGGGAGCCGUGGCCUUCGGCACCGAGGAUCAUCGGCCCCUCCGUCCCCAGGAACUAGAACGCAUCCAUGACGCGGGCGGUACUAUCCGCCGCCGGCGCCUCGAGGGCUCUCUGGCAGUGUCACAAGCGCUGGGAGACUUUGCUUACAAAGAAGCUCCUGGGAGACCCCCGGAACUGCAGCUCGUUUCCGCGGAGCCUGAAGUGACCGCCCUGGCACGCCGGGCAGAGGACGAGUUUGUGAUCCUGGCCUCUGAUGGCGUGUGGGACACGAUGUCUGGCUCUGCCCUGGCGGGACUGGUGGCAUCGCGCCUCCGCCUGGGCUUGGCUCCAGAGUUGGCUCCAGAGCUUCUCUGCGCACAGCUGUUGGACACGUGUCUAAGCAAGGGCAGCCUGGACAACAUGACCUGCAUCCUGGUCUGCUUCCCAGGGGCCCCCAGGUCUUGUGAGGAGGCCAUCAGGAAGGAGCUAGUGCUGGACGCAGCCCUAGGACACAGGGUUGCAGAGCUGUGUGCCUCUGCCCAGGAGACCCCCAGCCUGAACACAGUUUUCAGGACCCUGGCCUCUGAGGACAUCCCGGAUUUACCUCCUGGGGGAGGGCUCUACUGCAAGGCCGCAGUCGUCGCUGAAGCUUACUCUCAGUUCUGCCAGGACUUGGAAGAGCACUGCGUGAAGGGGCAGAGUGCGACUGGGAAGCCUGCUGGCACCCAUUAAGGCUCUGCCUUGGACUUGGAGGCCUGACAGCUGUUGUCCUUUGGGGACCCUCUCCCCAGCUGGGCCCUCAAUGGAAUUAAGGAAGAAAACUCCCCCUCCUCAGCUAUGCAGACCAGCGGAAGGAAGACAGGCCAAUGGAGGAACGCCAGAAUAUUUAUUUCCCUUUCUCCUACUUCCCUCUCACAGAAGGUCUUAUGAGAGGGGGAAAUUCCACACACACACAAAUUUUUUAAAAAAUAUUUAGAGCUGAAGAGUUCCCGUUACGGCGCAGUGGAAACGAAUUUGACUAGUAUCCGUGAGGAUGCGGGUUCGAUCCCUGGCCUCAAUGGGUUAAGGAUCUGAGCUGUGGUGUAGGUCCCAGACCUCCUGGCUCGGAUCCUGCGUGGCCGUGGAGGUGGUGCAGGCUGACAGCUGUAGCUCCAAUUCGACCCCUAGCCUGGGAACUUCCAUAUACCUCGGGUGUGGCCCUAAAAAGAAGAAGGAGGAAAAAAAAGCUGAAUGUACCCUGAGAAAUCACCCAGUUCAAUAACCUUUCUCUUCCGUUCAUAUUUUUCAUCUGUUUAGGGGGAAAGGAGGGGAAAGUCUAUGAUUAAAUUUUAACUACGUAAUUCAAAAUGCCUUUUUUUGAUGGGAAAAAUAAAAACCACACACAUUUUUUGCCCAGUCAUUUGGCAGACAUGUAGUGGGCACUUGCUAUGUGUUAGGCCAUCAACCAGGCAGAUCCAUUGAGGUUCCUCUCCCCAGAACCCUGUAGUGUGUGGGAUUGGGUAGGGGGACAGCAAGCAAGGGAACUCAUAAAUAAGGUCAUCUCAGGCACUGAGAAGUGUCUCAAGAAAAAUGAAACAGGGAUGUGAUAAGAAAACGGCUAAGGGGGGGUUCCCGUCAUGGCACCAACGGAAAUGAGUCCGACUAGGAACCAUGAGGUUGCAGGUUCAAUCCCCGGCCUUGCUCAGUGGGUUAAGGCUCCGACGUUGCCGUGAGUUGUGGUGUAGGUCACAGAUGUGGCUUGGAUCUGGCGUUGCUGUGGCUGUGAUGUAGGCCAGCAGCUGUAGCUCCAAUUGGACCCCUAGUCUGGGAACCUCCCAUAUGCCUGAGGGAAAUUACUUUAGUUUUUUUACAAUGUUAUUAAUUUUUCAAUGGGUAAGAAGUUCACUUGGUUUGAAAUUCAAAGGACACAAAAUGGCUCAAUAAAAAGUCUUUCUUCCAUCCCCUGCCCCAUAGCCACUCAAUUUUCCACCUGGGGGGAGUUUCCAUGUUAGCUCAGCAGGUUAAGAACAUGAAGUAUUCAUGAGGAUGCAGGUUCAAUCUCUGGUCUCCCUCAGUGGGUUAAGGACCUGACAUUGCCAU